AUGUCUGUUAAACAAUUAGAAGACUCUGUUAUCAUCAGUCUCCCAGAUAACCCUGACACUUACAUCAAAGUGUUGCGCUAUGGGGCCCAUAUUCUCAGUUGGAAAAUCAACGGUGAAGAACAAUUAUGGCUUUCUGCUGGAGCCAAACUUGAUGGUUCUGCUGCGGUUCGUGGGGGGAUUCCUCUUGCCUUCCCAGUGUUUGGCGGUUCUGCUGCCGAAGGGUUCAACAAAUUGCCACACCAUGGGUUUGCCCGUAUUUCUACCUGGGAUUUCUUGGGAUUGACAUCUUCUAAUCCUCCAAUUGCCCAAUUCGCCUUGACCCCAGAUGAAGCCGAACCUGUUAGUUAUGGUAAAUGGGAAAAUGGUGACAAUAAUUUCCGUGCGUUUGUCAAUUACGAAUUGGGUGCCGAUUACUUGACAACCUCAGUGGCCAUUGAAAACAUCGACACUAAGCCAUUCGACUUCCAUUGGUUGUUCCACACAUACUUGAGAACCCCAGAUAUCGAAGACACUCUCGUGACUAACUUACCAGGUGAAGUGUGUUAUGACCAAGUUGUGAAGGAAGAAUAUGAGGACAAGGCCCCAGCUGUCCAAUUCCACCAAGAAACCGACAGAGUGUACAAAAAAGUUGAUGAAUCCAAAGAUAUCCAAGUGGUUUAUUGCGGUAAGGCAAACCAUACCCUUAAAAGAGUGAACUUGCCAGAUGUUGUGGUUUGGAACCCAUGGAUUGAAAAAUCUAAGAACAUUGGUGAUUUUGCUCCAAAAGACGAUUACAAGCACAUGGUUUGUGUUGAACCAGGUUAUGCUUCUGAAUUUGUUACUUUGAAACCACAAGGCGUCUGGAAAGCCAGCCAGACAUUGACUUAUGGGAAGGAUAUAAAGAUCCAGGCUGUUUGA